CUCCAAACUUUCGCUUGCAGGAAUCGAUUCCGUGAGACCAAGAAGAAGAGGAAGAAGGAUUCUUGGCGUCGCGGGGACGCGGGCGAUGGCGAGCAGCUCGUCGCCGCCGCAGCAGAUUCUCUGCGCCUCCUUCAAUCAGGACAACAGCAUGUUCUAUGUCGGGACGAAGGAUGGAUUCAGGAUUUUCGACGCCCACAAUGGGAGGCUCUGCUAUGAGAAGAAUAUUGGCGGAAUCGGCAAUAUGGAAAUGUACUUUGGGUCAAACCUUCUUGCUAUAGUCGGAACUGGUGAACAGCCAGUACUAUCUCCUCGUCGCCUUUGCCUGUUCGACACCAAAAUAGGUGCCACGAAGAAGGAUCUGAACUUUAAGACCUCAGUUUUGGCUGUUCGAUUAAGUAGAAAGAGGCUUGUUGUUGUAUUGCAGGACAGGACUUUUAUUUAUGAUCUAAACAGCACUACUAUAUUGGAAGAAAUCGAAACAGUUCCAAAUACAAAAGGUCUUUGUGCGUUUGCUCCCAAGUCAGAAGCAUGUUAUUUGGCCAUUCCAGCAAGCACAUCCAAAGGAUCUGCUUUAGUUUAUAAGGCAUCAGAACCUGAAUUAAUAUGCCAGAUAGAUGCUCAUCAAUCUGCCUUAGCUGCAAUGGCAUUUUCUUCUAAUGGCACAUACCUGGCAACAGCUUCUGAAAAGGGUACUAUUAUUAGAGUCUAUCUCGUUGCACAAGCAACCAAGUCACAUAGUUUUCGGCGGGGAACAUACCCAUCUACGAUAUAUUCACUCUCAUUCGGGCCAUCGAAUGAUCUGCCUGAUGUUCUUGUUGCCACAAGUUCAUCAGGCUCUUUGCACAUGUUUUUCCUCGAUGGUGCCAGAAAUCGAAGGAACCAAACGAACAGAUUGCUUGGUUCAAUAAUUCCUGGAGCAAUAACUGAUGCUUUGGAUCCAGCUAAUCAUCACAUUAUUCACAACGUUAUCCCCGCAGAAAUCAAGAGCUGUGUAGUCGUACAUAAUGUUGAAAAUUCACAAAAUUCUUCUAAACUUCCUGCUUUAAGGACUGUUGUUUAUAUCAUAAGUCAUGAUGGAUACUUCCGCGAGUAUACGAUCAACACCAAAAAGUCAAAUGAAUCUUCUUGGGUUUUACAACGCGAGUUUAGUCUAUUGGGUACUGGCAAUAGCACUCCCCAGCAGGAUGAACAACAGAUGGACUAACAAGUAGGCUAGCUGGUGUAGUCAAAACUUACCUACAACUGUCUUUGAAAAAACUUGCAGGACUGUUGUUUAUAUCAUAAGUCAUGAUGGAUACUUCCGCGAGUAUACGAUCAACACCAAAAAGUCAAAUGAAUCUUCUUGGGUUUUACAACGCGAGUUUAGUCUAUUGGGUACUGGCAAUAGCACUCCCCAGCAGGAUGAACAAAUGGACUAACAAGUAGGCUAGCUGGUUCACUACAGAAGCUUCAACCAUGUACAUAUAAUGUGUAAAGAUAGUGUGGUUAUAGCCUUGGUAGGGCUAAUUGUGGUUUAGAAUGAGAUUUCAACACCAAUAAUGAGAGAUAUCUCCUCCUGGUGGAUGUAAAUUAUAGACAGUAACUGCCAAAUUACUAUAUGUUAUUACUGCUUUCUUA